CGCCUCUAUUUAUAGAAACACCGGGUUCCAUAUAUCACUUGUAAGCCGAAUAAAAGAAAAGAAAACCAGAGUAGAAAGCCAAGUACUCUAAUGGCGAAAGAAAAGAAGCUCCAAGAACACCAACAAGAGAACGAAGCUCCAAUCUAUGGAGACAUCUUAGAGGCUGUAUUAUCUCACGUGCCACUUGUCCACCUCGUGCCAGCACGCCACGUGUCCAAGGCGUGGGAGCGCGCCGUCUCCACCUCCCUCCAAAUCAACCCCAUCAAGCCCUGGCUCACCGUGCAUGUCCAGAGCCCACGUGCAUAUCACGUGACAACCUCCCACGCUUACGACCCACGCUCCCGUGCCUGGGUUCGGAUCCACGCGCCUCCCAUAAAUGCUCCUCUACGCCAUCUCCCCUGGCAGAUUCUCCUUCUCCGUUGACACUCUCCACCAUGACUGGCACCACGUGCAUCCACCGCGCGUGUGGCGCAUCGACCCCGUGGUUGCCAGCGUGGGAAGCAAGAUCGUCGUCGCUGGCGGCGUGUGCGACUUCGAGGAUGAUCCCCUCGCGGUGGAGAUGUACGAUGCGGAUUCCGGUGCGUGGAUCCGGUGUCAGUCUAUGCCGGCAAUCCUGAAGGACUCCUCAGCGUCUACGUGGCUUUCCGUUGCCGUCACAGGAGACAUGGUUUUCGUGACGGAGAAAAACUCCGGUGUGACGUACUCGUUUGACUGUGGCGCCGGAAUCUGGCACGGACCGUACCACCUUCGCCCCGACGACGGAGUUUUCUGCUGCGUGAUUGGAAAGUUGAGGAACUGUUUGAUCGUGGCGGGAACAAUCGGCGACGCGGAGAACGUGAAGGGAGUGAAACUGUGGAAAGUGAAUGGGGAGUUAGGGUUUGGAUCGGGGGAGCAUUGGUGCGAGGAGCUGGCGGCUAUGCCGGAGGAGAUGGUGGAGAAGCUUAAGGGGGAGGACGGUUGCGGUGCGGUGGCGUCGGUCACUGUAACGACGGUGGGGGAUUUCGUUUACGUAGGGAACCCGUCGGAGCCGGAGGAGAUGGUGGUUUGUGAGGUCAGGGAAAACGGCGGGUGUGAAUGGUGGAGCCUGAGAAACGCGGUGGUGGAGGAGGGAGGUCGGAUGCAGAGAGUAGUGGUUUGCGGCAGCAAUGUUGGGCUUGAAGAUCUGCAGAGAGCGGUUUCGGAGAAUUGCGGGUUUGUUGUGAAAGAGACGAGGGAGUGGAUUGAAACUUAAAAAUGUUGAAUGCAAAGAAGUAAGCUUGAUUGCCUCAAUGGCAAGGGUAUGUAGUAAAUUGAGGGGGUAGUAGAUAAGUGUUUUGACUUUUGAGUAAUGAAUGUUAGUGCCUUAGUGGUUAGUUUGAUAAAGUUUCAUUAAUCAUAUAUUUUGUGUGGUUGUUUCUCUAGUCAUUCAUGAUCGUGCAAUGAAAAUGCCUCAUCUUCAUCUUUGAUUCUUA